UGUAUUCCCUAUAGACACUUUCUGACAGUCAUGCUCUUGUCUCCACGGGGAUUCAGCCUGUCUGCAGCUUUGGGAAUAAGAGGCCCCCUUGUAACCUAAUCGAUCGCCGAGCAGAGACGAGGCAGACCGGGUCCACACUCUGUGAUCGGUUUCCGUCAGACCAACUUCCCAGAAUAGCAACUCGGGCGGGCUGCUCUGCUGUGCUGUGCUGUGCCGUGCUGUGGAGGAGAUGGAGGAGGAAGUCAGUACAGCGGUGGAUUUAACAACUGUUGCUUUUUGCUGCUGAAGCUGCUGCGGAACCAAACUAGCUUUCUGUCGGCGCUGCAUGGCGCAUGUCGGACUAGAAUGAAGUCUGCUCCAUGCCGAGACGUUCAGUCUGGAUCAAUGUGCAAGUUCAUGGGAUUACAUAAAGUCCUACGUUUUUAAGGGAGGUGGAGACAGCUUAGCACCCCCUACCUCAGUCCUUGACUGAAAUCACCAACCCAAUUUUUGCACAGGGAAGACGCUUGAAGUACUCCCAAAGCACUUGAGAUGGAGGCUCCUGAAGGCCACUGUGCUAGUAACGGCCAAUGCUCUCCUGGUAAGGAGAACUCGAGAAUGUUGGCGGAUAUGUCAACACCUAAUGGACAGACGCUUCCUCAGGGUCCUAAAUCCCCAAGUGAAGUGGCAAUUAAGCAAGAGGAAGAUACAGCGGAGGAGGCUGACAACAGAAGCCCGGCACUUGAAGAUAUAGGCCAAACAGGGGAGGAAGCAGACACAUUGGAGGAAUCCAUGACUGACAGCCCAAACAACACACAGGAUGGAUUAUCAGGAUCAAAUGUGACAGCUGAUUCAGGAAGUCGACAACCAAAUGGUGACAGGCCGUUCCAGUGCAACCAGUGUGGUGUCUCGUUCACCCAGAAGGGAAACCUGCUGCGACAUAUCAAGCUGCACACGGGAGAAAAGCCCUUCAAAUGCCCCUUUUGCAGCUACGCUUGCCGGCGGCGCGAUGCCCUCACCGGACAUCUGCGCACUCAUGCCGUUGGCAAGCCACAUAAGUGCAACUAUUGUGGACGCAGCUACAAACAGCGUACUUCUUUAGAGGAACAUAAGGAGCGCUGCCAUAGUUACCUGCAGGGUAUUGGUUUGGAGCCCACCAUCAACACUGGCCCCUACACAGGUGAGGUUCCUAAAGAGCCGAGGCCCAUGGCAGAGGUCAACAGCGUUGGAGCCUUUGAUCGGCCACCUGUUAUUGAGAGGCUGCACAACAACGUGGGCAAGAGAAAGAGCACCACACCUCAGAAAUUUGUGGGUGAAAAGAUGGUGCGCUACAGCUACCCUGAACUAGGCUACGAGAUGGGUCUGAAGUAUGAGAAGCAGGCUGACCUGAUGCCACCCCACAUGAUGGACCAGGCCAUCAGCAACGCCAUGACAUACUUGGGAUCUGACACCCUUAGGCCCAUGCUACACCACCCAGGCCCCCAUCUUUCCAUGGCAGAGGUGGUGCCAAUGGUCAACCCUCUCUUCCAUCACGUCCUUCCCAUCAGCCAACGAGCAGAGCGUCCAGGGAACUGUGAAACGCUUCCACAUCAGCCCCAUGACUUCCCCAGCCAUCCCAUCACAAAUGGGCCUACUACCUUAACUAGGCAGGUUAAGCCCAACCACCGAGGGCAAGACGAGUCUCCCAACCACAGUGGACUUGACUCUGCUGACUCAGCUCGCAGCAGCCCUCAGGAAAAACAGGGCUACCACGGGGUACCUCAAGGUGUAAGGUCUCGAGCCAGUCCAGCAGUGGUCUAUUCAGGGGAGCGGGCAGCAGCAGCAUCCCCAAGAAGCGGGGUGGGGAUUGGGACUGGAAUAAUGCGAGGGGCUACAGAGAAGCCUAUCAUCCAGGAAGGAGUGCGGGUGUACGGACGAGAGGGCCAGGAGUUGCGAGCCUUCCAAUGCGAGCACUGUCGGGUUCUCUUCCUUGAUCAUGUCAUGUACACCAUCCACAUGGGCUGCCAUGGAUACAGAGAUCCACUGGAGUGCAACAUCUGUGGCCACCGCAGCAAAGACCGCUAUGAGUUUUCCUCCCACAUAGUCCGAGGUGAACACACCUUCCAGUAAAAGGCCGGAAAGGAAUUCAGGUGAAGGAAAAGAAAGGAGCAAUAGCCUGAGAUCUGUCCUUGUCCCCAGACCUCUGAGACUGCACAGUUGAAUGGCACUGUUGAAAAGUGUAGCACAAUCAUAGCAUAGACUUCUUUUUAAGCUACUUUGUUGUGAAUCUGAACAGUUGAACAAUCAUAUGAAGGUACGGGCCAAAGACACAUUUUCUACAUAUUUAAAUAUGAUUAAUGCAGAGGAAGGAAGGUAAGUUUUUGUAUGUUCUUGAAUUGUAUAACAGAGCAGCUGUCGGAUGACUUUGACUAGUUUUCAUUUGAGUCUUAUUUGGGAAUGUCAACUUUUGUGCUUUUCCCAUUGUCACGCUUUUCUUACAGCAUUUUCUCUACUCCUAAAAAAAAAUAAUGAAUGCAUACAGAUAUUUGAAAUAUUUCCACCUUGUGGGACCAAUGCAGUCGAUAAUAACACAAUAGCAGCAUGUUAUUGAACUGGCUUCAAAACUAAGGCAUAUCAUGCAGUAUCUGUUAAGUUUGUGACAUUGCUGUGGCCCAUAAUGCUGAUUAUUUUCCUUGGAACAGUGGUGUGAAUUCACCUUGUUAUUUGAUGCUGUUCUAUUGAGCUGGACGCAACUUGGUGUCCAUUUGGACUUGUACUUUGGAUUGCCAGUGUAGUGUUUGUCCUUCUUUUUUUACCCAUGGAUGUAAAACAAUGAACAGUCUUACCAUCAUCUAAAGUACUUAGUUUUAUCCUUAGUUUUGCAGAGACUAUAAUAAAUAUUUUAGUAAUUAGGAAGUUGUUAAAAACUUUAUCAGUGACCCCCACCAAUGAAUACAACAUCAAAAUGUUUUGGGACUUUAGUACAUGUAGUCUUUGGAUAUAUGAUAAAAUAGCUGUGCUAAGGCAUCAAAAAUGUGAACUUAAAUUAAUGUGCGAUGAAGUAAACUGAGAAAUGUAGCUUUUCAGAUGUGUAUCUUUUUUAAGAUCACACAAUUCACCAUUAUAUUACAUUUAUUUUUAUUUUUUUACCUAUGCACAAUAAACAUAGAAACACAAGUAAAUAUUUCCUUUAAAAUUGCAUUCAAAAAUUAGCUGCAGUUGACCAAAAAGCUUAUGUUAACUUAAAAAGCUACAUAGGAAGUCAAUGGCGGAAAACUACCUCUUACAAAUACAAAGUAGUCAUUUGACAAGAUAGCAUCCAUUAUUAAACAUUUAUUAAACUUUGAGUUUAUAGGAUAUAAAAUUUGGGCCAUUUUUCUGCACUCUUUGCUUCACUAGAUUGGGGUCGCUACACUAGGAGAGUAAGGCUGUGCUAGCUAACUGGACAAAGUUUCUGUUUUGAUUCAUCCAUGAUUUCAGUUUGUUAAGUUUUACUUUCAAAGUUAACCUUGUUCCAAUUAUUUGUGGCCUGCAAAGUGAUUGCCUUCUACCUCUUGAAAGUUAACGUGCCCCUCAGAUUUGAAUAAUGUUCAUUUGAAAAAUUUAAAAUUCAUAUUUAAUGUAUCAACAACAAAAUCAUUACAACUUAAGUUAAUUUGAUAAACUAAUCAUUAUGUUCAAAAUUCAAUUGUAUCUCAGUUUUCCACCACAACUGUAACCAAACAUGAAAAUUUGACAAUUUUUAGAUAAAUGGAAAAAGGAACAUUGAAGCAUUAAUGUUCACAGUUAGCAUGCCCAGUGCAAAUGAAUUAAGUUCAAUAAUGUGACAUUUUUUUAUUAAAAUGGCUUCAGAUUUCAAUAGUCCAAUACGGUUAAAAUAAACACUUCCAUAAUUUAGAAUCCUUUUUUUAUUUCUGUCCCUUGAAAGUGCAUUUUUUACACAUAAAGGAAUCAUUCUUUUCAAAGUUAUUAUCAUCUAUUCACUUUGCACUUACAAGGUAGAACUGUUAAAGUAUCAUGAGGCAAAAUUACAAUGAAAGGAAAACAAGGAAGUACACAAAAUCCAGCCUAAUGGUUUUUGUCAGCCCUGUCAUCUUAAAAAGGUCAGCGAUAGUUGGCCAUCUUUUUUUCCCUUUUUUUUUUUUUUUGCCAUUCUUUGCUGCCAAGCUAAUGCAGUCCCUACACAAAUAACUGGCAAUCCCUUUGUUCCCUGGUUGCUCUUUUUGAAACUGCCAGAUUCUGGUGAUUCGUGGUUGUUGCUUGCAGUUUGAGAACACAGAUUCCUAAACUUUGAGUAUCAAAGUUUGUUUAAAGCUGGCAGAAAGGCACAGUGAUACCACACCUUAAAUUUAAAGAUGCUAUGGUACAGUGAAUAUACUAGGAGUCAUUUAACUACCUGGCUGGAGUUUGAUGCUUUGUGACAAUAUAAACCAGCAGCAUCAAGAUAGAUUAAGAUAAAGCAUUGGUUUAUCUUCCAUGAUGAACAUCAGUCGACCAAAUGUUCCACGAUUUUUGAUCUAAUCCACUCUGUACGGGGUAAGGGUGGCUCAUCAUUAUUGGUGCUGUUUUCUAGCUCAGUCAAUUAAUACAAAUGCACAUUUCUGGAUUCAGUUCAAUCCUAAUCUUAAUUGGAUUCCAUGAAAAAAGAGGAAGAGGUAGAGCUCUUCUUGAAGUGGUUCACUCAGCUGCUUAAAGCUAGCAUAGUGCAGCUUUAUUUAAGCUGACAUUUUUCUACACUGAGGGAUUCAAGGGGAAAUUAUGUAUAUUAUGAGCAUUUGUCAAAUUAAGAUGUCCUGCUGUGUUAUUAUCAAGCAGAUACUGUUUGAACCAAUUCACUUAUUGUCUGCACCUUAACAGCACAAUGUCAAACUAAGGCACACACACACAUAAUGUAUUUUAUGCUUGGGCCAGCAGUAAGGUGAAAGAAGGAGUGAGUUUAUCCCAUAGUACUGCUCUGAAAGCACUUCUUAUAACUGUAGCAUUCCAAGUCACCUCUGAAAACACGCGUAACCUUUGUAUGCAAAAUUUAAAUAGUGAGUAGGAGAUAUGCCACUUUCCACCUCCAGAUCUCUUGUCCAUCAUGUACAGUAUGUUGAAGGAAAACAGAUGUCAGUGAGUACGGCUGAGUGCUGCUUUUUCAUUGCUGCCUCUCCCUGUGGAAGGACUUAGAUAAGACUGUUCAUUGUACAGUUGGGCCUGCACUUUAUGUCCAUAUUUUUUGAUUAGUUUUUGUUUUAUACUUUUCAGGUUAGAGUCUAGGUAAGGUGGAAAUCAAUCUUUAGCAGAACAAAGGCUAUUAUUUUCCUCAGUGGAGCCUAAAACAUUAUGGAGGUUUUUCUAUGCUGCCUGAUGAACAUGCUAUUUUCAUGCUAACAGUACCUACAAGAAGUUUUGCAUUACAUGUUUCAUACUGGUCAUGAUAAAAGAUUAUAUUCUGAGGUUGAACUCAGUGAUUUACUUUUCUGUUCAGUGUCUACUUGGGAUCAAAUGGCAGCUUUUAUCUGUUUACACGCCGCUUCAUUUAUGUGCACCUGGUGCCCAGCUAGCAUAAAAACUAACGUCUGUAAUGCAUCAGCACUGGAAGUUGUUUACACCUCACAGCUGUGAUAUUGACUCUCUACAUUCCUAUUAAAAUCCUGUAUAUAUUCAUUAUCUGAAGCCUUAUCUGUAAAGACACGGGUCCUGUCGAUAUACAAAUCUUUUCAGUUUAAUGGAAGUUAUUACAACCCUGUUUUUUUUCACUCUAUCAAAAAAAACCUGUUUAAAACAGUGAAAAAAUAAAAUUGAAUUAGGAAUAAAUUAUUGAAUUAGGCACAGUAUAUGACAGGCGUUUUAAACUAAAUCUUGAAAAUGCUUUCAUUUCCUCUCCAGGUAAUGUUUUGCAGCACAGACUUAUAUUUUCUUGUACUUAUAUCAAUGCUGCGAUAAGGACAGCCUUACCUGUGAACAUCUUCUUUAAAUGCAGCAGCCAUAUGAACUAAAAAGUAAGAAAAAGGGUCUUCUGUCUGUCCUCCUCAUACGUGAGGAGUUUACUUGAAAAUCUAAAUUAUCGCUAUUGUACCACAUUACGGGGAUUUUUUGUAAAUUUUGAAAAUGUGUCUGUUAAAUGUCUAUUUUUCUGCUAAAAUAUUGAUCCAAAUAGUUUUGUGAACUUUUUGUGUGUUUUUUAAGUUUAAAAAUGUUUACAGAAAAUGUAAAAGGCUGGGUUCAGGUGAAUUGUAUUUUUUAAGAAAUAAUAUAUGAAAGGUGUGUAUUUUGGCACUGAAUAUUGGAAUAAUCCAGAAAUGUGUGCCGAUUGAUCAUCACUGAUAUUGAUAAGGACUUUCCAAUGUGAGGGCUCUCAGGUAUUUGCAUAGCUUGUGUAUUUUUAUGUCCUAAAAUAUGUGAUUUAUUUAUCCAAAAAAAAUGCACAGUCAUUGAAAUACUCUGGUAAUUUCUCAUGACUUUUAUCAGUCCAACAAUGAAUGUGGUGAAGGAUCGUUCAGCCCUGUUUUAGACAUCAAUGAAUUAACAUGAAGACACACUGCUGUGAAGAACACAAUGUAUAUUUUUAAGGCAUGGGUUUCUCUCUAUUAAAAAAGUUGAUUUGACUA